AGGUCUUUUUCAGCGCCGUUGAGUCGAUCAACAGUCGAACAGUCGGCGAGUGCAUUCCUCAGGUUACGUGACCUCAAAGACCAAAACAUACGCGAGCAACCCUCUGCGUGGACGUGCACCGAAUUCAAACGAAGGAUUUCCAGUGCGUGCAGACUUCUUCAAGUGAAGUGGUGUCCUGUUCCCGGAUUUCCACCUGAGCAGUGUCCUGGUGCAGCUCCGAAGGUCGCCGAAUUUGGUGUUUUAGUUCAAUUGCAGUGAGUUCGUUUGGUGACAAAGAAACGAGUGAAAGUCGCCGGCCGGAAUUUCUGCGACCGGAUUUUUUGGAUUUGCGAUGCAGUUGGCUGGUGAUUCCACCGUGAAGUGAGGAGACGAUGCCCUUGGGCAGGACCAAGCACGCCCCAUCGGCGGCCGAAGCCGAGUUGAUGGAGGAGGUCAGACAGGCCGCCGUCCGUGGCGACUCAGACACAAUCGUCCGGCUCAUGGGCGAGGGCAUCAAAUUGGAGCCAGAUGAGGCUGGCCGCACCGCAAUGCACCUGGCUUGCUCGGCGGGCCACGCCAACGUGGUCGCUAGUCUUCUCCUGAGCGGUGCCGACGUCAAUCGACCUGACGGGUCUGGGUGUUCUCCGCUGCAAAGGGCAGCCGCCGAGGGCCACCUGGAGGUUGUGCGACAACUGCUGAGGCACGGAGCCGACGUCAACCAUCAAGACUCGACGCACGGCAACACUGCACUGCACGAGGCGAGUUGGAAGGGUUUUGCGCGGUGCGUCACCGCCCUGGCCAAAGCCAAAGGCACCGACCUGGAAAAGAAGAAUCGUGGAGGUUUCGCGCCUUUGCAUCUGAGCUGCCAAAACGGACACAAUCAGAGCUGCAGAGAAUUACUUAUGUCUGGAUGCAACCCUGACAUACAAAAUAACUACGGAGACACCCCUUUACACACAAGUGCCCGCUACGGUCACGCAGGAGUCACGCGCAUACUGAUCAGCGCCAAGUGUAGGGUAUCCGACCAGAACAAGAACGGUGACACGGCAUUGCACAUCGCAGCAGCCAUGGGGCGCAGAAAGUUGACCAGAAUCCUACUGGAGGCGGGUUGCGACAAAAGUCUAAAAAAUAAGCAAGGAGAGACUUCAAGAGAUAUUGCGACAAGGAAAGACCUGAAUGAAAUUCUGCAGAUUUUGAACAGCCCUGCUGCAGCCCUGCCACCGAGUUCGUCACCAGACAAGAUUAGGAGCAGCAGCAGAAAAGCCAAGGAGAGGAAAAGCGAGACCGGAAAGAAAAGGGAAAAGGCAGGAAGCGGUACCAGCAGCAAGGACUCCAGUUCAAGACCUAAAGAUCGCAAAAAGUCAAAAAGCGGGAAAGUACAUUUCGAGAAAGGAAAAGGUUCCAAGCAGUGGUCUCCGUAUGGCUGUCACUACUACCCAGACUCGACCUCGUUUCCACAGCCAAAUUUGGACUCUCUACCCAAAGAACCACUGAAGAGAGGGGAACAGUACUUUUUGGAUUUGGCUGGAAAUAUUUGCAAGGGUCCCGUCGGGGUUGGCUACACCUGCUACUGCGCACCAUUUUUCAAAAACAUGGAGGCGCGUUUAGACAAGGACAAGCAGGAGUUGAAGGAACACAUCGACGCAGCUCACGCCCGCCUGGACGAAAAAGUAACCAGCUUGGAAAUGAAAACCCAUGGGAAAAUCGAGGAGUUGUCUAGGUGUGUGGCAGCCGAGCGCGCCGAGUGCCACGAACGACACGUCCAUCUGAAGAAGUGGCUCAGAGGCGAGUUGGUCAGAGGAGGAGCCACAAGGGCGUCGGAGAGACUGCCCUCCAACAGAGUUGAGCGCCAAAUGUCCAGAACGAGGAGUCUCGAAGACCUGUUGGAUGAGCAGCGAAGGCCACAGCAGGCUCCCGUCCUCAAUGGGUCUCACCAAGACCUGCGGUGGCCCCCUCAAAGGGAAUUUCUGCCUGUGGCAGAGGAGUUAGACGAUGGUGCUAGUUCAGAGUCAAGUGAGGAAAUAGUACAAGCCCCCAUGAAAAACGGCCAUGACUACGAAAACGUUGCCUUCAAAGAGGAAUGGACUGUGCAGCACAAUUGGAGGCAGUGGGAUGAAAGAGCCGAAAUGCUCGACGCCAGACUUGCCUCCUUAGGCAUGAGGUGCCGAUCAGGUGUUUACCACAGCAACGGAGCUUCCCCAGCCACGGACACAACUGGAGAGACGCCCAACGAGUCUGGAUACAGCAGCAAAUUGUCAAAAGGACCCUCACCAGACAUAGUUGACGGUCAACAAGUGCCCAAUGGUGUGGUGAUGCCACCGAGUCAGCAAGGCUACUACAGCCCUAGAAUCGGCGGCCACGUGCCAGGAGUGCCAGUCAUGAACAGACAAGAUCCCCAAAUAAUGCCGCAGUUACAAAAACCUAUUGUGAGAAGAUCCACCGCGAGCCUUGUAUAGCCAAGCACAUUUGCCUGUUCUAACAAUACUCAAAAUGUAUAUUUCCCGAUGUGAAUUUUGUAAUGAAAAUAAAAUAAUUUUCUAUUUAAUUUAA